AUGGCGAACAAAAGACAGAGAGAGGCUCGCAAGAGAUUCAGAGCAGAGCACCCGGAACUGGUCAAAACCCCAGAGCCAACUCCCCCAAAAGACCCAACCAAGAAGAAGAAGAACAAGGUCAAGAAGCCAAGCUUCAAGCCCAAGAGAUCAGAUUCUGAUGGAGCAGCCAAGAAGUCUCGGAGUAAACACCCACUUAGAGUCCCUGGUAUGAAGCCCGGAGAUAGCUGCUUCAUUUGUAAAGGCACUGACCAUAUUGCCAAGCUUUGCCCUGAGAAAGCUGAGUGGGAUAGGCACAAGAUAUGCUUGUUUUGUCGACAAAGGGGGCAUAGUCUGAAGAAUUGUCAAAAGAAGAAUGAGAAUGAUAUGGAGGCGAAGUUGUGUUAUAAUUGUGGAGAAUCUGGGCAUUCGCUUUCUAGAUGCCCCUUGCCUCUUCAAGAUGGUGGAACUAAAUUUGCCAAGUGCUUCGUCUGUAAUGAGACUGGUCACCUGAGCAAGGACUGUCCUAAAAACUCUCAUGGGAUUUAUCCAAAGGGCGGUUCUUGUAAAAUAUGUGGAGGUGUAACACAUUUGGCACGAGACUGUCCUAAUAAAGACAGCAGGAAUUCAAUGGGUGGUGGCAAUUCUAAUCCCAAAUGGAAUGAACCAAGAGGAAAGCUUACUAAAUUUACAAGUGGAGAUGAUCUUGAGGAUGAUUUCAGUUUCAUAGGUGAGAAGUCUGUUGCCAAAACAGAAGAUGAUUCUGCUGUAGUCGCUGGUUCUGCUUCUCGUCCACAGGAAGCUUCUGUAACAUCAAAAAAGAAACAGGGUCCAAAGAUAGCUUCGUCGUCUGGCUUUUCUGUUUCUGGCCUUGCAGUGAAUGACGAGUGCAAGCAGAAGUUCUUGGAGCUAAAAGCCAAGAGAAACCAUCGGUUCAUUGUAUUCAAGAUUGAAAAUCAAGAGGUGGUGGUAGAGAAACUUGGAGAACCAGAUGAAACGUACGAUGAUUUCACAGCAUCGCUGCCAGCGGACGAGUGCCGCUAUGCUGUGUUUGAUCUUGAUUUCACCACUGAUGAAAACUGCCAGAAGAGCAAGAUUUACUUCAUUGCAUGGUCACCUGAUACAUCAAAGGUGAGAAUGAAGAUGGUGUAUGCUAGCUCCAAAGAGAGAAUCAAGAGAGAAUUGGAUGGCAUUCAAGUUGAAUUGCAAGCAACUGAUCCAAGUGAAUUGAGCUUUGACAUUAUUAAAUCUCGAGCUCUUUAA